AUGGCGAGCCCACCCUACGACGACAAGGUCGAGCCAGACUCCGACGACGACCAAUACCUCCCUCGCUCCGAGUCCCAAUCCCCCGCUAUCCCCAUCGCCGGCCUCUUCACAGCCAACGAGAACUGGAGAGGCCGAAGCGACCCUGCCGUCCGCCGACGCAUUCAGAACCGCCUCAACCAGCGCGCCUUCCGCCAGCGCCAACGCUCCGGCGACUCUACCACCAGACGCGGCCGAUCGCGACGCGCAGGCAGCUCGAGUGCGUCGAGAGAAACAUCAGAGGACAUUGACGUCGACAUGCUACCUCUGCAAUUGGAGAGCAGCGCAGACACCACCAUCACCGCUAUACCCCCGACACCCACACCCACAAGCCCGCUCCCACGCUCGCCAUCAAGAAACCCCCUUCGCCCUACCGGCGCUCUCGACCCCCAGACAGACGAAGUCUGGGACGAGCUGGCGCGCCUCAUCAACGCCAACUUCAUGGCCGCUGCACUCAGCAAUGCCCGCCAACUCGGCAUCGACGCCUCGCUCCUGCAGACCGGAACGACGCACAUCGCCACGCCGCGAAUAGCGCCAAGCCCACAACUGCUCUCCAUCCCAUCCGCUCUCACACCGGUAGAAAUACAAUACCAACUCCCUCACGACCCAAUCAUCGACACAAUCCCGCACGCCCGCCUGCGUCUCAACAUCAUGAACGCCCUAGCGACCGCACAGCUCGAUGCAGCCGCCUUCUCCCAAUCGCUACGGGCCAGUGGCGCUCUACUCGAACAGCGCGACGGGAUUUGGCAGCGAGGCGGCGUCGUUGUCUGGGGUCCACCGGCACAAUUGGCGAGCUGGGAGUUAUCGGAGCCGUUUGCGCGGCGGUGGGCGUUUUUGCUCGUCGGGUGCGAGCAUAUGAUUGCCGGCACGAAUGCUUGGAGGGCGGGCAGAGGCGAGGCGCCGCUUUCGUUUGUGUGA